AUGCUAAAGGAACAUCUAGACUUACUAGUAAAAGUGGCAUUACAUGAAGCAAUUGCUGAAUUAUUUGAAAUUAGUAAAUCAACUGUAGGUGAUAUUUUGAAUAACAAAGAAAAAUGGCUUGCAGUUGCAGAAAAUUCAGUAGAUGUCAAAAAAAACGUGGUUAUGGAAGUGAAUGGGCACACAAGUAAUUAUAUUAAUAUUGACUUUAGAAUAGAAAUUGCUGAAGUAAUUGAUGAAGAUGAGAUAAUUGCUGCAGUACAAGGAGCAUCAGAAGAAGAAGAAACUAUAAGUAUACCAAUAUCAUAUCCAAUUGCUUUAGAUAGUAUUAAAAAUCUAUUUGACUAUUUGCAACAAAAUUCUGAUAUAAAAGUAAAUAGCCCAGUAAUAUCAGGAAUGAGAGACUUAUAA